AUGGCGGACGAACGCCCGACAGUGCUGAUGCCGGGCGAGUGUUGCCGACAUCCCGUUUUGCAUGAUGACGGGUCCGACGCGGGCUCUGUGGUUGGCGUGGUGCGCACAGUGAUGUCGGACAACCCAGGGGGCACCGCCUACGAAGUGGAAUACUUUGCUGCUGGAGACCAAUACCUGUCAUGGUGGCUUAACUCACGGAUUGCGAAGCGAGAGAAGAUGAUUUUACACGUGUGCCGUGGGCCAGUCUCGCGAUGUCGCUACACGGCACCGCGGGCGGGGUGCCAGGUGUUCCACACCAGAGCGCCCCAGAGGCCCACGGCCGUUCAGGCAGCCGAGCGGCACAUGGCAGUGCUCCAGCACGAUGAGGAUUGCCCCGAGCUGCCGGCUGAUGUCGCUCAGGCCGCCUUAGAUGAGGCUGAGGCCGCUGAGGAGGACGAGGAGCCGCCGCCGAGUCGCGCCGCUUCCGCUGGCCCGGCCAGGAAGCGCCCCGCCUGCGUAGGCAAGGCUGGGGGCGACCUGGUGGAGCUCGACGGCGACGAGGAGGCCGACGAGGCGGACGCGGACGCCUUCGCUGAGCUCGACAGGGAGCUCGCAGCGCUCUCAGGCAAGUCCGAGGGCACGAAGAGCUCGGCGAAGGACGGCUACCUGGAGCGCCUCAACAAGUUGCGGGAGAAGCUCGCGACAGUGCGCGGCCCGGAGGCCGCUGCGGGCGGGGCCACGGCCGCCGCACCCACCAAGAAGGCCAAGCUCGGCGAGGUGGUCCAGGCGAGGAUGACUGGACAGGCGCCGAGUGCUGCCGCUGCUGGUCCAGCAGAUGGCAGUCGUGCUCGCGGCUCAGGCGAGCGGGCAGUGCUGAAGACGCUCGCCGAGUACCUGAGUCAGAAGGGCGACGACGACGACGGCCUGUUUGACAGUGAUGAUGAUCGCGUCCCUGGCGGGCGCCCUGUGGCGGCCCGCCGCCUCGCGUACAAGAAGAUAGCGGAGAAGCAUCCAGGGCGCCUCUCGGAGAGGGAGAUGGAGAACAUGGCGCAGUUUCUGGACCAUGAUGAUGCUGGAGGUGUGAACAAGCAUAGCCCCGUGGCGCUCAAGUUCUUGCUCCGGGUGCUGAAGCCCGCGCACCCCAUUCGUGAGAUUGGCGAGGACCGGUACCGCGAGCUGCGGACGCUCGCGGAGAGUGCGGACCUCAUAGUCUCAGGCAAGCCCAUUCACGCCCUGGACUUCAUCUUCUGCAGGAUCAACGCUAUCCAGAAGACCAUACGGGAUGGCCAUUCGAGGACGGCGAAGUGGUUCGAGCUCAUCCCCCCCGACAAUGGUGGAUUGAGCCUCUCAGUUGAGGACGAGGAGCUCGUCACGGGCAUCGAGGCCGCCGAGGUGCGCAUGGCCCAGCUGCUCGGGCGCCUCAGGGGCCCGAGCCGCGGUGGAAGCCCGGACAGCAGAGCGUUGCCGAUCACCCACAUCGGCACUGCCGCGGACGCCGCAGAGUUGCGCAGCCGCUCGGGAGUGCAGCCGCCCAGGGGUCGUGCUCCUGCCCUGGAGGCGGGCCGCGCCGAUCCCCCGUCGGGGAGCGGCUUGCCCGCGCUGACAGACCGCCCGGCCCCCCAGGCGGUGGGCGGGAAGCCCUUGUCGGCGUGGGCGGCGGCGCGCGCGAAGACUCCGCGUGCCGAGGGGGAGUCCAGGCGGCAGUUGAAGAAGAGGAUCGCGUCGCAGUUCUUCAAGCGCCGGGCGCCGGCCAAGAACGCGGCGAAGCCGAGCGAGCCGCAGAGGCGGGUGGCCGCGCUGACGUUGGGCCAGUGGAAAGCGGACAUCGCCUCGCGCAUGUGCCGCAGCGGCCCAAGCCAAAUGACAAUGCUGGAGAUCGGUUUCGGGAUCCUCACCAGUGUCAGGAGAAUACCAAGUUGCAUUGGAGAUUUCGCUAGAAGGUUCCCUGUGGGCGUCGCGCCACAAUCGCCGGAGGCUGGUGUCGGGCGCGAUGUGCUGCCCCUGCCAGUAAGGGAUCCGGCAACCUUUUUCGCCUGGGAACGUGAUCUGAAGAGAAGAGGAAUGUUGGACGGUGAGGGAUCCCCCGUGGAUGUUACGAAGUGGCCAGCUGCUCUAAAGAAGGAGGCCCAAGCCAUGGCGGUCGAGGUGUGGACUUUCCUGAGCGCGCUGGGCCUGAACUACUUUUACCUUGGGCACCUGAGCAAGGACCGCUGGGAAGCAGCCGGGCGCCUUUCUGAGGUGCAGGCCGCCAGCCUACGUGUGAUCGGCGAGACGGUCGAGCGGCACGUGGGCGACGCGUUGGCGGCGGUGGACAUCCCGUUCUGGCCUCAGGAGAUGAAGAAGACGAAGUCGAGCUACGAUCUGGAGGAGGACUGUCGGGCGCCCCCCUUAAAGUUCGGCGAGCUUGAGCCCGGCCUUCCCGAAGCCGAAGAUAUCGGCCGCUUGGACGCGCUGGACUAUGUGGGGCCAGAGCUCAAGGAGGUGCUCACCAAGCCCGAGAUGUCGCUCUUGCCGGAGGCCGAGUGGCCCGAGUCGCCACCGAAGGCAAAGGUCAACGUCGAGAAUCUGGAGGACUGGUGGGCCAUCGCUGCCAAGCUGGUGGAGCGUGGACUGCUGGCCCCUAUACCAGCUGAGCGCAUCUUUGUGGCCCGCGGCCGUCGCGUCCCAAAUGGGUUGUUUGCUGUGACAAAGUCGGGGUCCCCAGCUGAGGGAGAGGCCAGAGUGACACGUUUGAUUUUCAACAUGGUCCUGACGAAUACGUACCUUCGACCGUUGGCAGGGGACCCAGUGACUCUGGUACCCUCGCCGGCGCGGGUAAGCAUCUCCCUUGGCCCCGAGGAGGUGCUGCUCUGGAGUGGGGACGACCAGAAGGGAGCUUUCUUCAUGUACCGCAUCCCUGCGCCGCGGCUGGGCCACAUGGCGAUCUGCACCCCAGUCCCCGGCCAUGUUCUUGGCAUGAAGGCCAAGGAGGUGUGGCUGGCCAUGACAGUGCUGCCCAUGGGCUGGGUGUACAGCGUCCCCAUUUUCCUGAGCGUCCACCGGCGGGUUGCGCUUCUGGGUCGCCCUGCUGGCGCCGCCCUCCCAGCUGACCUGGAGUGGCGGCGCGACCGUCCUAUCCCCGCCGCUGCAGCUGCUCCCCUGUCUCAUGAGGGCCCUCGCGAGUGGUGGAGUGCGUACAUCGACGACUUCGAUAACUGCGAGACGGCUGGGCGCAAGGAGGCGCUCGCGAAGGUGGGCACUCCUGGCCGCCUGCAGGCCCUGAUGAGGGAGAGCUACCAGCGGAAUGCAAUCCCCAUCAGCGUGGACAAAGCCAACCAGAGGCAGCUCUUGGUCACGCGGAUGGGUGUAGAGGUGGACGGGAUCUCAGGCAGGGCCGCCAACAAUCGGAUAAAGAACGCGCAGCUGUACAGCCUUACCAUGUGGCUCCUGACAAGAGGGAACCCCCUCGGGAACCAGCUCCUCAUUCUCAUGGGACGUUGGGUGAGGGCGCUAGAGUUUCGACGUCCUCUCUUCGGGGUGUUCAACUCGGCGUGGGGGCAGAUUGGCUCGGGCCGUACUGUGUUGACCAGGGCCAGCCUGGACGAGCUGAUGCACAGCUGCCUGCUGAUGCCCCUCGCCUCCACCAACCUGAGGGCCGCUACCACGAGCAUCGUCUCGUGCUCUGACGCCAGCGAGGACGGUGCUGGUAUGUGCACGGCCGUGGGGCUCGCAGAGGGGGCCGCGAAGUUCCCGGCAUCUCUCGGGAGCCCUGAGACCUGGGGCCAUCGCAUUGCCAGCUACACCGGCUCGUGCACGAUCGAGCCGACCAGGAUCGCCCCAGGGGCUCCGCCGCGCGUCCUGUUGGUGAGCUUGUUUGACGGCAUCGGCGGCGCUGCUGUGUCGCUGGUGCGCGCUGGUUUCGACAUCGUUGGCUACAUGAGCAGCGAGGUCGAUGAAGGGGCUCGCCGGGUGCUGAGAUCGCGCUGGCCUGGCCUGAUCGAGCUGGGCCCAGUCGAGGAAAUUCACGACCGACAGCUUGAGGCUCUGGCAAUGUUCCAGGAUCGGAUUGUCGCCGCGGUCGUUGCGGGAGGCAGCCCUUGCCAGGACACGAGCGGUGUGAACGCCGACCGACAGGGCGCACAUGGCGCUCGGAGCGGCCUGUUCAAGCGCAUACCCAAGGUGGUGAGCGCACUGGCUCUCGUCAUGAAGGUGCCUGUCCAUUGGCUUGUGGAAAAUGUAAUCUCAAUGAGCGCAGAAUCCCUCCAGGAGUUCUCCCGCAUCCUCCAGACUAGGCCCAUCAGCGUGUGCAACUCCCUCUUUACCGAGAAUAGAAGGCCACGUUUGUACUGGUUGUCUUGGAGAGAGGCGGUCCUCAAGCUCCCCGGGGCGCACGUGGAGCCCAAGGCCAACUACGACCUCAUCAGGGCGCUCCAGGUCCCGAAGGCUCCUGCUGGCUCUCGGGUUGCCGCAGGGUGCUCCAGGGCCUCGGACAAGGGGCCAGUCUGCACGUUUCUCCAGCGGCGUGAGAAGACUGCCCCGUACAAGCCUGCAGGUUUAUCGACAGCGAGCCCAGAGGCCAUCCAGAGGUGGACCCAGGACCUGCACGCGCACCCCCCAUACCAGUACGAGCUAGUUUACAUGAUUCGGGACUCCAAGGGGGACUUGAGGCCCUUGUGUGCCACGGAGAAGGAGGUGCUCAUGGGGUUCCCUCGCCACUACUCGUCGUCCGUAGCCAGCUCGGGCUCCAGCCGUGGCAGCGUUGAGAACGAUCGCUGCAGCCUCUUGGGGAACGCGUUCGCCUGCUGCGUCGUUAGCUGGCUGCUCCUCGGUCUGAAGUGCCAGUUGGGCUGGCCCGUCAGGGCGACUGAACUCGAGGGGAUCACGAGCGAGUUGGAGGUAAAGGACUUGCUCGACGAGUCGGUGGAGUUCUCGAGGGACCCCAUCAAGGAGACCCCCAUCGGCCGCAAGCUGGUCGAGAUUUUCUGGACGAUUGCCGAGAAGUCGGGGAGCGACAUCCGCCUCGACAUCGGUGUGCCUUUCCGCCCCAAGGCGUGGCCGCGAUCCUCGAUCGACCCGGCGCCGUGGCGCUGGCGGCCGACGCUGUCCUUUCCGCGGCCGAAGUCGUCGAGGGAGCUGCAUAUCAACGCGCUCGAGUUGAAGGCGGUGAACGCUUCCUUGCGGCACAGGACUCGCACUACAUCGUUCAGGAGCGUGAAGGUUCUGCACCUUGUCGAUUCCCAAGUUGUGGUUUCGAUACUGACCCGCGGCCGCACGUCCUCGGGGAAGCUUCGAGGACUCGCUCGACAGUACGCUGCUAUACUCGUCAGUUCAGACUUGUAUGUGGGCGUUGGGUAUAUCAAUACCAAGCUCAACCCAAGUGAUCGGCCGUCCAGGGAGUUCUUGACUAAGAUAUGGCGCCGAAAAGAGUCCAA